AUGAAUGCCGGCCCGCCCUCGCCCUCGCCCGGCGCAAAGAAGCGCAAGCUUGACGAGACGGGCGACAAUGGCCCCGCUCGCGGUGCGCACGACGACGACAGCUCCUCGGACGACGACGACUUCGGGCCCGCGCUGCCCUCGCAGGUUCCCAAGAAGAAGCGCAGGAGGCUGCCAUACGAGCGGCUCUACGUUGCCGCCCUCCCGGCCUCCGCCCGCUACUCCAAGUCGUUGAUGCACAAGGAGCAGCUCUGCUUCACCACCCUCACCCCAUACACCGACUUCCUCAUCACCUCGUCGCUCGAUGGCGUGGUCAAGUUCUGGAAGAAGACGCGCGACGGCGUGGACUUCGUCAAGGAGUUCCGCGCGCACAAUGGCGAGAUCAAGUCGGUCAGCGUCAGCGCCGACGGCAGGAGCUUUGCGUCGGCGGGUACCGACAACACCGUCAAGAUCUUCGACGUCAUAACCUUCGAUCUGCUGGCCAUGCUGACCCUCGACGCUGCUCCGAGGUGUGUCUGCUGGGUCCACGGCCGCGGCGCUUCCCUGCCUCUGCUCGCCGUGUCGCUCGAGACGGACAGGUCGAUACGCAUCUACGACGGGCGUGGUGAGAACCAGCAGCCCAUGCACACCAUCGCCAGCCUGCAUCGCAGCCCGGUGUCUCUCAUGGCCUACAACAACGAGUACGACUGCGUUGUUUCGGCCGACGAGGGGGGCAUGCUUGAGUAUUGGAGGCCGAGCGGCGGCUUCGAGAAGCCCGACAAUGUCUUCCAGAUGAAGAGCGCCACAAACCUCUUUGACUUCAAGAAGGCCAAGUCUGUCCCGAGCUCCAUCACAAUCUCUCCCAAUGGGUCACAGUUUGCAACGUUUUCGUUCCCGGACCGCAAGGCCCGCGUCUUCGACUUCGCCACCGGCAAGUUGUACCGCACUUACGACGAGUCUGUCGCGACCAUCAUGGAAAUGCAGCAGGCGGGAACGGCUUUGCAGAGGCUGGACGACGUCGAGUUCGGCCGUCGACUGGCCGUAGAGCGCGAGCUUGAAAACCCAACCGUGAAGUCGCGCAUCAACGUCAUCUUCGACGAGACCGGCCACUUUAUCAUGUACGGCUCGAUCAUGGGAGCCAAGGUCAUCAAUACCUUCACCAACCGCGUAGUCAAAGUGUACGGGAAGGAUGAGCCCUUCAGGGCCUUGAACCUGGCGCUGUACCAAGGUCAGCCCGAGAAGAAGGGGGUGGUUACUGUGGAAAUGGCUGCCAGUGAGAAUCCACUGAUCAAGGAAGCCGAGGAGAGGGACGCCAUGCUCGUCGCCACCGGGUUCGGCAAGGUGCGGUUCUACAUGUUCACGAACGACGAGCAGAUCAGCAAGUCGGAGCGCGAUAUACAGAACGAGAAGCCGCGCAGUGUCAACGCUCGAAAGCAAGAGGAGCAAAAGGCGGCAGAAACCGGGACCUCGGCCAUCGUUCACACCACGUACGGCGACAUCCACGUUCGGCUCUUUCCCGAAGCUGCCCCCAAAGCUGUGGAGAACUUUGUUGUCCACUCGCGGAAUGGGUACUACAACAACGUCAUCUUCCACCGGGUGAUCCGCAAGUUUAUGAUUCAGACGGGCGAUCCUCUCGGCGACGGCACUGGCGGAGAGAGCAUCUGGGGCAAAGAGUUCGAGGACGAGUUCUCCACGCUCAGGCACGACAAGCCUUACACGGUCAGCAUGGCUAAUGCUGGUCCCAACACGAACGGCUCGCAGUUUUUCAUCACGACCGAGAAAACGCCAUGGCUUGACAACAAGCACACCAUCUUCGGCCGAGCGAUAGCAGGCUUGGACGUCAUCCACAAGAUCGAAAAUGCCAGGACGUACAAGGAGAAACCUGAGGAGGAUAUCAAAAUCGUGAACAUUUCAAUCAACUAG